CGGUUCGUGGGCGUAACCACUACGCCACUGCGCCGUCGAUCGAUUUCCUUCCAUUCGGCGGGCGUACCGACUUUUUUGAUUAGUCUGUCGUAUCACUUGUUACGCUUUGGUUGUCGUCUGACGCUCGUCCACUCUACGUCACCGCUCAACGGUGCCAAACGCUAAGCCACGUUACAUCGUAGCCGGAGCAGUCGCCGUCGUUCCAGUUGUAUUUGCCGACGCUAAACUCAUUCUUCCGUCAUGUCUUCAAGCGAGAUAGAAGGCGUUGAAAACAUAUUACCUAGUGGUACUGCUACAGAAGAGGAUCAAGAAGAGCUAUAUUCUGUGGAAUUAAUUUUAGAUAAACGUUUAAAUAAUAAUAAGGUAGAAUACUUCCUUAAGUGGAAAGGCUAUGAUGACAGAGAAAACACGUGGGAACCAGAAGAGAACCUUGAUUGCGAAGAAAUGAUAAAUGAGUUUGAAGAAAAUCUUCGAAAGGAAGAAAAAGAAAGAAAAAGAAUGGAAAAACGUGAGCGCCGUGCCUUGAAGCAGAGACUUUCAAAUUCAACAACUACAUUGUGUCCUUCAUCAGAAGAAUCUGUUGGCGCAGUGAUAAAACAGGAAAAGGAAGACAAUAUUGAACAAGUUAAAACGGGUGAUGUUUCUAAAGGUAUUGAGAAGAUUCCUGAUAAAAUUUUAGGAGCAACUGUUGUAAAUGGUCAUUUGAUGUUUCUGUUAAAAUGGAAAGAAUUAGAGGAAGCCGAAUUAAUAACUGCUGAAGAGGCUAAUUUAAUGUACCCACAAGUUGUUAUCCAUUUUUAUGAAAGUAGACUUACAUGGAACUCCAACUCUGAAAAUAUAAAUGGCGUUUAACUAUUGUAAUACGAAUAAACACAACGUGUGUUCAAAAAAUAA